UUUUAAGGAAAGAAGAGUUCACAUCAGCGGCCGGGAGGGACACUGACGUCAAGAGUGAUGGGGCCACUUUGAGAAGUGUCUUUUGAGGGUGUUGUUCCCGGUUAAGUCGACGUCAAAGUGUUGCAGUUGCCACUGUGUGAGCGAGUUACUCUGAGAAAUCCCGAGCUAAGGGGUGGUUCUCUAAUCUGUCAGUUCUUAUGGAUCGUCUAGAAAGUGCCUAACAAACUGCUGCGUUUAGCAUUCUCUACUGAAUCUUUACCAGCACCACUACAAUAGCUGCUCUCCAACAGGACAAAGCCCAAAGUAAACCGUGCCCAAUGAACUCAGACUGGCUUUGAAGAAGGUGCCACGAGGCGACACCCUCCAGAUCUACAAAACAAGGAUAUUGACCAUUGAGACUACACGUACUUUUAUUUAAAGGGGAGCUGAAGAUAUUUGGUUGACAAUGGGGAAUCAGCUGUCGGAACUGACACCUAGUGGAACCUUCUUGCCUCCUUUCCAGUCCCUGCAUGUGGUGGUAAUUGGCUUGGAUUCAGCUGGGAAGACUACUCUGUUGUACAGACUGAAGUUAAGGGAGUUUGUCAACACCAUUCCUACAAAAGGCUUCAACACUGAAAAAAUCAAAGUGCUGGUUGGGAACUCGAGGCCCAUCACUUUCCAGGUCUGGGACGUUGGUGGCCAGGAGAAGCUGAGGCCUCUGUGGAAGUCGUACACCAGACGUACCGAUGGCAUCGUCUUUGUGAUUGACUCAUCUGAGAUGGAGAGGAUGGAGGAGGCCAAGGCUGAACUUCAUAAAAUUUCCAGGAGCUCGGAAAAUCAAGGAGUGCCUGUGUUAAUCUUCGCCAACAAGCAAGAUUUGCCAGGGGCGCUCUCUGUAGCUGAGGUGGAGAAAUCCCUAAGUUUGAAUGAGCUGGGUGCAUCCACUCUGCACCACAUCCAGAGUUCCAGUGCAGUGAAUGGGCAAGGUCUGCAACAAGGUCUGGAGAGGUUACACGAAAUGAUCAUUAAACGGAAGAAGAUGCUCAGGCAUCAGAAGAGAAAGAGAUGAACUGAGGACCUUAUUCCAUAAUCAGCUAAAAUGGAUUUGAAUAGCUCAUCAAUGGAGUCUCCUAAAAGGAGCAACUAAAUGGUCAAAAGCACACAACUUGCCAAAAAUAUAUCUUCCAAGUUUUUUGGGCUGAUCCAAAUUUGACUUUUUUUUUUCCUCCAGACGCAGUGUAGCAUAUACAACAGCAAUGACAGACACCCAACCUGCAACUUAACUGUUCAUUUAAAUAAUGGGAUCAAAAUAAAACAGGGACCAGUAGCUCAAUUGUAGAUGGUUGGUGAGGAGUUGAACUGAUUAGAGCAUCCUCCAACCAGAUUUAGACUGAUGUUUUACAGGAAAUAUGGAAAUUUUUCGGGGAUUGAUGCUUACAGUUAUGAUGCUGAGCAUUCUGGAGAGUAUGCAGUCUUCUGAUUUACAUUUACAAAUAAAUUCCUGUUAUGAUUUGGUUGUACCCAGAUAGCCUGCUCACAUGUAAUUUGAUGGACGAUCACUGAAAAUUGCCUGGGAAGUUAGAAUAAGUGAGAAAGAACUGAAAUAUCCUUUCUCUCUGUCUCUGUCUUGCUCUCUCUCUCUCACACGCUCUCUCUUACUUUCUUGCUCCCCGCUCUUUCAAGAUUCUUAGUUUCUUAACUCCAGAAGACUGGAACAUGGUGAAAUGUUCUUGCGAUUCACUGACAUUGUUCUGAUGCUACUGUACUGUAUAAAGUGUUUAAAACUUGUGUAGCUUUUUGUAGAUGGAUGAUGUGCAAGUCAAGGACGUUAUUGUCCAAAGUUACAAAAAACAUUUAGUUCUGAAAGUGUUUGCAAAGAUAACAAAUGGACUGAGGGAAGCACUUUGUACUUUUGUUUUGGUCUGAAAGUAUAAUUCAGCUACACGUCCCAGCAAAUGGGAGUACCGAAAGCAGUAUUUAACUAAAUAUUGGAGUACAGUAAUGCUUCUACAUUUUCUGUGAUAUGAAGCAGUUCCAGCCUGACACUCAAAUCUAAUAAAUCCAAAUGAUGUGAGGUCUCUGCUAGAAGAUUUCUUGAUACCUUGAAGUUGGCGUUAGCUGCAGUGAAACUCUUGCUCAAUGUGAAGCUGCAUUUUCAUGGUGCCAAGGCAGAGAAAGGUUCUUGAGGUUGAGAUUGUGAAUGGGAGCUGCCUUCACUGACUCUUACUAGAACUCUACAUGUGUCCAAGUAUGUGCAACAAAUUCUGUUUGUGGCUAUCCUUACUGUAAUCUGGUUGGAUUACACAGCUAGCAGUAAACUACAGUUUAGUGACGGGUCUGUUACUUGAUAACUAGUUUGAAACCAAUAGCUGCAGUGUAACUGUAGCCUUUGAUAUGAAGCACACAUGAGCCAAUGUGCUUUAAUGCAAGAGAAGAUUCGAAUGUCACAUCUUUUGUUUGAAAUCAUUUGCAUUAUCUAUGUUAAAAGAGUUUCACUCAGGCUUUCAUGCUGAAAACUGGACCUUGCGGUAACUAUUUAAGCUGUGAAAUGAAAUGGUGAUUUGUACAUUUUUUUUGUACUUUGAUAGUUUUUUUUUAAAUAAAAAGUUGUCU